CGCCAACUAGCGGCAUAGUGUACUUGGAUAGUUCAUCCGAGUAACAGCAGCAGCAGCAUCCAACCGGUUGUCUUUAGUACAGUAGUGUACUUUAUAGUGUUGCGUGUGAGAGUGUGUUCAAUCCCCGUAUCCGAGGAUGUUGAAGAAAACGAUCGUUCUGAGCUGCCUGGUUGCGGUGGUUCUCUGCGCGGCUGACCUGGAAACGGCCGAAACUUCCUGGGGAGGCGGCGGUGGUGGUGGCUGGAGCAGCGGCGGAGGUGGUGGCGGCUGGAGCAGUGGCGGCGGCGGCGGUUAUGGCGGUGGCAAGAAGGUGAUCAUCAUCUCAUCCGGCGGCGGUGGACACGGAGGCAGCGGAGGCUGGAGCAGUGGCGGACGCAGCCUCGGCGGUGGUGGCGGAUGGUCUAGCGGCGGCAGCGGACUUGGCAAGGGCUGGUCCAGCGGCGGUGGCUCAUACGGAGGCGGUGGCUCUUACGGAGGCGGUGGCUACUCGAAGGGUUGGCCCGUCAGCAAGGGCUGGUCCAGCGGAGGCUCCUCAUUCGGUGGCGGAUACGGUGGUGGCAGCAGCUUUGGCGGUGGCCACUCGGGAGGUGGCUGGAGCUCGGGCGGCAGCAGCCUCGGUGGAUGGCCGUCGGGUGGUGGCGUGAGCAAGGGAUGGCCGUCGUCGGGCGGUGGAUACGGUGGCAGCCAGGGAUGGUCCUCGGGCGGUAGCGGUGGAUACGGCGGCGGUAGCCAUGGAGGAUGGUCGUCCGGUGGCAGUGGACUCGGCGGUGGAUACGGAGGCGGCGGUGGUGGCUGGAGCUCGGGCCGCAGCCUGGGCGGUUCGGGCGGCUGGUCGUCGGGCGGACUGUCGGGCAAGGGUUGGCCGUCGAGCGGUGGUAGCAAGGGCUGGCCGUCGGGCGGUUAUGGCGGUGGUAGCAGCGGAUGGUCCAGCGGUGGCAGCGGCUGGAGCGGUUCCAGCGGCUAGUAAGCCAAGCGAAACAACGCACGAGAAGAAGAGAAAGAGAAUGUCUCCACACUAACGGAAGCACCUCAACUGCCCCAAACACAUCACACUGUUAUAUCACAGUUCUUUGUUGAUACGAUGGAAAUAAACAGCAACCGAAAUUCGCUUUUGUACAUAAACCGAA